CAGUUUGAGAAUGAACUCAUUCGGUUUGUAGCACAUCAACACAAAUAAAGCAGACAUAAUUAAUUAAUUGUAAAUCACACUGUGAUCGCCAUGGUUUUGGUACCGCACCAUAAAUGCGAAUGAGUGGACCGUACCAGCAGACCGGUCCAACUGGCAGGAAAAGGGGGCGUGUCAGGCGUGUAGCGUGACGUAACCACGCUUAUUAAGUCAUCUUGUUGUGUCGGCGGCCUUCAACAUGUGCUGCUCACCUUCUCGACAAUUCUUCACCUUGCUGUGAUCGCCACACUUUUGUCACUCGGGUCUUUUUUGUUUGCACUUUGUUAUAUAAUCUCACAGGUUGUUUUAUUUUUGUUAAAGUGGAAAAAGUUUUUUUGUGUGGUCGCUAUGGGGAAGCUGGAGCGUCACUCUGCAGCUUGCGAGCCACAUCCUUUCUAUCAUGACGUGAAGAUGAGCAGCACCCAAAGGAUCAGGGGUAUCAUCUUAGGAAGCGUCCUCUUCCCACUUCGGCUAAGCCUGAUGAGCAUCUUUUUCCUCCUCAUGUGGCCUUUGGCCCGCCUCCACUUGGCUGGCCUGUCCCAGGAGGAGCGCUCUCGUCCAGUCACAGGCUGGCGCCGCUGGCUUUUCCACCCAAUCAUGUGGUUCCUGAGCCGAGCUGUCUUCUUCUCCCUGGGCUUUGUGUGGGUUAAAGUGAAAGGUCGACGGGCAGACCUGAAGGAGGCGCCCGUGCUGGUGGUGGCGCCCCAUAGCAGCUUUCUGGACAUGCUGGUCCUGUGUUCCACUCAGCUGCCUACUGUGGUGUCCCGCUCUGAGAACACAAGCCUGCCGGUCAUUGGAGCCCUCCUGGAGUUCAACCAGUCGGUCCUGGUGAGCCGAAGAGAUCCAGAAUCCAGAAGAAAGGCUGUCGCCGAGAUUGCAGAGAGGGUCACCUCUAACGGCUACUGGCCUCAGAUGCUGAUGUUCCCUGAAGGCACCACCACCAACGGCAGCGUUCUCAUCAAGUUCAAACCCGGUGCCUUUCUCUCCGGCGUUCCGGUCCAGCCAGUUCUGUUGCGUUACCCCAACAAAUUGAACACUGUUCGCUGGUCAUACACAGGGACAACAUGGCUUGAGGCACUGUGGCACACCAGCUCCCAACUUUACACCAACAUGACUGUGGAGUUCUUGCCUGUCUACACGCCCUCGCAGGAGGAGAGGAACAACCCCAGCUUGUAUGCCGACAACGUGCAGAAGGUCAUGGCCAAGGCCCUCAGCAUACCGGCUAAAGACUACGUGAUGGAGGGCGACGUGCCCGUCUGCAAAGUGGGCGGUCUCUCGCUCCCCCUGGUGUCACCUGGCCGUGAAACACUGACUCUGCUGCACAAGGCUGGGUUGGGGAGCAUCUCUGUUCCAUCACUUUCAUCUACAGUAUGUGCAACUUUUAUAAUGUGUGUGUGUGUGUGUGUGUGUGUGUGUGUUAGCUUGGGAACAUGUGAAGUGGAAGUGGCGCUGCAAAGAAUGAUUGGCAGGUGUCAGAACGGCGCCCAGGGAACAACGGUGAGCGCCGAAGAGCUCUCCUCUCUUCUUGGACUGGUGGACCAGCGGACGGCAGUGAACAUCUGCAGCCUCUACUCCAAGGAAAAAAUGGUGGACCUGAGGCAAAUCUAUUUGAAUGUAGCCGCCCUCUCUGGCCUGUUUAGCAUCGAGUCUGUCCUCCACACAGCCUUCAGUUUGUUUGACACAGACGACAAAGGAAGUCUGAGUGCCGAGGAGCUGUCCGGCCUGAUGGGGGCACUGCUGGGCUUACGUCAAAAUCACACUGCUGAGCUCUACUCUGUGGCCUCCAACCACGGCCUGUUGACUCAAGAUGACCUUCUGCAAGUAUUCACGAGCCACCCGACCUAUCAGGAAGUCGCGACCAGGCACCUGCAGCCCGACAAGGAGACAGGUCCGCUUCUAGCCCACACCCACAAGACUGUUGUGAACAACAACGGUGACAUGAUCAAUGGUAACAAAUCUCUCAAAAGAGAAUGAAGAGAUUUUUUUGGACAUGAUUACACUUUUUUUUUUUUUUUUUUUAACUUCAGUGACACUUCAACAAAAAUAGUGCCAACAAAACUAAUACUUGAACUGUGUGCCUUUGUUCCAUUUGCUAUGUGAAGUCUUUGUAAAUGUAUUUAUAUGUCUUCUAUAUACUGUAUAUGAUUGGUUUUAAAAAGGGGUAAGCUGUGAAAAAGUGUUUUUAUAUAAAUAGCUCCAUUUAUAUCGACAUGUGGAAUUAAAUGUCAAUCUACUGUUUUUCCUUGUCCACACUUUUAAGAAUGACCUACUACUAUAUGCUGUAUUUUAUAAUAGCCUACAAAGGCAAGAGUUUUUAUUUCAAGUGUCGAAUGUUGUUUUGGAAUAAAAGGGCUUGAAAUCCAAAUAAAACAUUUUUACUACUUUUUUUAAAUUAUUGAACCGUAUCAGUCAAGUCUAACCAUUAUCCUUCUAAUGAGUCAAGGUAGGUUUUACAUUGAAGAAUGUAUGUUUAUGAAUAAAAUAUUUCUCAGAAGAACAUCUGUAAGUUGCAGUCAUGUGUAAAGUUAUCGUCAAUGGGGAUGCCUUGACGCCAAAUAGACAACAAGCUAAACUCGUUGGAGCGCAGAUGAAAAUUUUUGGCGUCUGCUUGCCCUUUUUUUUUUUUUUUUUGUCCCAUAACCCUUAGGAUCUUUUAAGAAAUGUAAAAUCACCACAUCCGUUGCAAGAGGGUUUUCU